AUGUGGACCGCCGACGAAAUUGACGCAGAAAACGAAAAAUAUCGUACCGAAGUACUGGCUGACGAUGCCAACGCUAUCGACCUGCCGGAUAGUGACGAAGAGCAAGAGCUUGAUGACGAGGAAGUAGACGUUGAAGAUGAGGAAGUUACAUGUGUUAACGAGGAAGUAGAAGGCAAAGACAGUGAAGUAGACGAUGAAGAUGAGGAAGACCGGCUGCCCCCCCUCCAUAUGGAAGAGGAAUUAUUGACCUCCGAGACCAGUGACCUGCAGGAGUUGCGCAACGAGAUUAUUGAGAGGAAGGCAAAACUCACCAUCAAGCUGCCCCCCAGGCGUCGUCGUCACCGAAAAACAGAUACCUCGGGCACUCAAGAAUAUGCUAGUGAUGCUGAAGAUGAUGCGAAGCCUCUACAUCGCAAGAGGAAGCAUACCUCGAAGCAUUUUUCCAAAAAACCACGACACCACGGCAAGGUCAAACGCUCCCGUGGCCGAUCUGAACAGCCCAACGCUCGAUACUCUUUCUGCUGA